ACACCUAGGGCGUGUGUUUGUGUGUGUGUAUCGCAAAGACGCAAAGAUCACGGCGAGCCACGAUGCCUAAAAUCAAGGGAAACAAGAUGAAAAACCGCGGAAAAUCUGUGCUCGACAUGAAAAAAUACAACAAGCUAUCUCGGAAUCGCAAACGAAACGCGUCGUCGGAUGAUUCGAGAGAAAUGACGCUGACGUCGAUGGAUGAUGCUGCUUACUCGAAAGCUAUGUUGCUUUCCCCAACAUCAGCCAAAGAAAUCGUGCAAUCGCAGCAGCAAACGCCAAAGAGGCAGCAAAUCAGACCGCCUAAAGCCUCAAGCAGCGGUAGCAUCAGCAGUAGCAGUAACAGUUCGCAUUUGUUAUCAACAACUAGCCGACAAGAAACAAACGACCAGAUUUUGAGUGUUAAGCCCAUAUCAGAAAAUACGUGCGUCAGUAGUUCUCCGCAGACACGCACUUUGUUGAUGCAAUUACAAACUUCUCUGAGUCCAAAAAUGACCGAGAUUCAGUCUAAUGGCGAGCAUCGCGUAAGUCGUUACGGACGUCAUCAAAAACAGAAGGAGAACGUUAAUUAUGUGCCUGUUGAGCUGACUAAGUUUGUGUCGAAAUCGCCGUCCAAGUUUAAAACAAAGGUACAAGUUGACUCUUCCGUGGCUCACAUCGAGGUUGAUGGACCAGAAACAAAAGGGCAUGCCAACGAUGCAGAUAUGAUGCCAACGAUCGCUAGCGAGCGGCAUUCUGAGAUACAGAUUAAAGAUCAUUCAUCCUCCGAGAUAUCUGUGAUAAAAGGAUCUAAUGAAGAUCUGCUUGGCAUGGAUGAAAUCAAAAUAAUCGGCAUGAAUGCUAGUUUCACAACGAUCGAGGAAAGUGCUAUAUCCAGCAAUCUUCUGGCGUCACAGUCGCUACCAGACACAGAAAAUAACGAAAGUCACGUUGGAGGUCUAGAGCGAUCAUCGGAUGGUGAUAGCGCCAAAGGUUCCUCGAUCAACUUUGACUGUGGAGGAUUUCUGGUAGGAGAUAUGUACUGGGGCGCACAAAGCAAGAAUCAAAUCCAUUGGCCUUGCAUGGUAAUUCCAGAUCCCGUUACAAAUCAAAUCACGCGAAAAUCACAAAAACAAACGGCUACUCAAAGCUGGUCCGAAGUGCACGUCGUAUUUUUCGCUGGCAAAGGACUCCGAGCAUGGCUGAAGGAAACGCAGCUAAUACCAUUCGAUAGUACAGAGCAGUAUCGUCUCAGGGUAGCUAAUUCUGGGUUCGGACCAGUAUUGCGCACAAAAAUCAAAAGAGCCAGUGAGGGCUGGCGUACAGCCUGCCGUGAUGCGGAAAUUUACUAUGCUCUGCCAGCUGAGGCCCGUCUAGAGCAUUUCAAAGCGGCAAAGGAAGAACGGAAACAACGUGCCAAGAUUAACAUGUCACGCCAGCGCAAACAACCGCCCACAACGACACCGGAAAGUCCUGCCUACGAAGUAAUUCAAAGCACGUUAGCAAUUACGCCCAAUCAUGAGCGAACUGUGGCUCUCGGUCAUUCAUUUGAAUCAUCUAACUUGUUAGAAAACAAUAUUUCCCGGUUUUUCAAUUCCAUGGAUCGAAACAAUACACACGAAAUGAGCGUAACGGAAGGAUUUGAUCAGUUUGGCUAUGACACAUUGCUCAAAUUCGUUCGUUUAUUCUUAUUUCACGGAAACAAAGAUAAAAAUGUCGAUGAAAAGAUCCAGUUGUGUGUACAACAAAUUUGUAGCCUCCGACAGAAACCGUUUGGGACUGAGCGUACUAUUGCCCAGAGGAGCAUGAAAUCGCUACAAAGGGCGAUUUGUGAGUUGGGUGUCCAGAUUCCCUCAGAAAGUAGCUCGAAUAAUGCACUCGCAUCAUCGUCUAAUCAGAAUUUACGUCGUCCUUCUCACAAAGUACAAAGCCUUCAGGAGAAGUUCAUCUUUUCUCUAGAGCGAAAUCUUCUGGUGAAGGGAUUACCGAAAGGCUAUGUGUGCCAAAUCUGUGGUGAGCCUAACAACACCGUCAAGUGUUGUAAGUGCCAACAAUACCUCCAUGUGGAAUGCGUGACCCAGGAUAUUGUGGUCGAUGAGAAAAACGCCAAAUUAAUUGAGGAUAAAAACUGGAGUUGUAACAACUGCGAGACGAACGUUGAUACGGAUGCCUUGACACAUGGAAAAUGUUUUAUCUGCAAUGACAAUAUGGCUAAAAAGGAGCCCAAGUACCGUUGUGUAGUAACCGCAUGUGCACAAUUGUAUCAUCUGCCUUGUUUAACUAUGUUCCCGCAAUAUCGUCAGAUGCAGAAGCAAAGCAUCAUUUGUCCCUACCACGCGUGCCAUACCUGUGUAUCUGACGAUCCGAAUGGAAAAGCUGUGAAUGGAAAGCAAUCCUUGGUAAGGUGCAUCAAGUGUCCUUCGGCGUACCACCCGGAUAUAGGCUGUGUGCCUGCAGGAUCGCACUUUAUCACCAACAAGGAAUUCAUUUGUCCGAAACACGAAUUGUUAGAGAAAGCACCCAACGUUAACUGGUGCUGUAUUUGCUGCAACACUGGCGACCUGCUGGUUAUGUGCGAUACCUGUCCUGUGUCAAUUCACCGUGAGUGCUUGAACUGUGAACCUCCACCUCCCGAAGGGAAAUAUUAUUGCGACUUUUGUGUUUGUGGCCGUUAUCCCCUGUACAACGAAAUUGUGGUGGUCAAAUUGGCACAAUACCGUUGGUGGCCUGCAUUGACGCUGCCACCGCCAUUGGUACCUGACAAUCUUUUACAAAUGCCCCAUCAAUCUACCGAUAUUUGUGUAAAGUUUUUCUAUUCACACAAUAUGGCUUGGAUUAACCGUCGCCUAAUGUAUAUGUACGAUGAUGGUGACUCUCAGAAUCUUGGAACACUAAAGACCGGCACGCUGAACAAGCAAUACCAUCAAGCAAUGCAGGAAGCGCACACGAUUUAUGUUGCCCUGAAAGAACAGAAGAAAGGUCAUCUGAUAGACGGUGUAGCUAUAGGUCCUCCGACGUAUACGAAAAUCUACAGAAACCGAUACACCGCCUCACUGAAAGAGUCCUCUCGUAGAUCGCGUAUAAAGGAGGAAAGCAUGGACUCGGUGUGCAACUGCAGUAUGGAUGAUGGCGAUCCCUGUGGAGCUAACUCUUCGUGUAUCAAUCGAUUUACUUUCAUCGAAUGCAAUCCCAAAACGUGCCCUGCCAAGGAGCGUUGUUCGAAUCAGCGGUUUGCCAAGCGUAUAUAUCCAGACUUGGAAGUUCGCAAAUUUGAGGAUAGAGGCCAUGGGCUUGUGACAAAAGAGGAUCUCACCGCUGGCCAAUUUAUCAUCGAAUACGUUGGAGAGGUGAUUAAUAAGAAAGAGUUCGGGCGGCGCUUAAAUUAUAUGCAGCAACAAAAUGAGCAACACUACUACUUCCUUGAAGUUGAUUCAGAAAUCAUUAUCGAUGCAGGACCGAAAGGCAAUCUAGCUCGGUUCGUCAAUCAUUCUUGUGAACCUAACUGUGAAACCCAAAAGUGGACAGUAGAUAAUAUGCGCGUUAUCGGAGUAUUUGCGCUCAAGGAUAUCAAAGCGGGCCAGGAACUCACAUUUGAUUAUUGUUUGGCGAAAUUCGGCGAAAAUAGGCAGACUUGUCUCUGUGGAUCAGAGAAAUGUUCGGGCCAGAUUGGAGAAAAAUAUCGUGCACCGAAAUCACCGAGCAACCGUAAGCGUCCGUUGUCUGUAAAAUCGAAAACAAAAUUUUCAAAAAAAGCGAAACAUAAUGAAAAAUCGACGAUUGAUCAAGGCGAAACUUUUCUUGUGAACACUGUUCAAAUCAAAGAAGAGCAGAAAUUCAGCGAUGAAAAUGACGAGCAGAUGUACUAAUAAAAUUAUGUUUGCUUUCGUCAUGCAGCACUAUUUUAAUCUUGGACAAACUUUUAUGUACUGAACGUUUUUUGUUUUGUUUUGCUUUUUCUAAUUGAAUUACUUAUGUUUGAAUAAAAAUAUGAAUUAUGAUAA